AUGCAGAUGCGAAGGGAACCCGGGGUCCUCAGCAACCAGCGCCCUGCUGGCUGUCCUCGGAAAGUGGCCUUGGUUUUUCCCACGGAUGCAGCAGCGUCGUCUCUGCCAACCCGGGACUUGGGAGCCUUCAGAAAGGACUUGGCAGCGGAGGAAGAAGAUCCUUCACCCUUCUUGGAUCGGGGACAGAUGGGAAAGCAAGAAUCAUCUGGGUCUGAAGCAGACAAAGGCCAUGAGGCCACCCAGGCUGGGGGCAGAGGGGACUUUGGGGAAACAAUGGUGCAGAAGGCCCUGGAUGGGAGCACCACCAGCGGGGAUGUACAGCGCCAGCACUUCCGGCAGUUCCGCUACCAGGAGGCCAAGGGGCCCCGAGAGGUUUGCAGCCAACUCCAUGAUCUUUGCCGUCAGUGGCUGAAGCCAGAACAGCACUCGAAAAAUCAGAUCCUGGACCUGGUGCUCCUGGAGCAGUUCCUGGCCGUCCUGCCCCCAGAGAUGGAGAGCUGGGUCAGGGAAUGCGGGCCGGAGAGCAGUUCCCAGGCAGUGGCCCUGGCAGAAGGCUUCCUCCUGAGCCAGGCAGAGGAGGAGAAGCAAGGAGGACAGUUUCAGAGAACCUCCAAAGGGACUGCUGAUUUCCCUGAUGCAGAGAAGGUACCAUCCAAUCCAGGGCAGAAGUCAUUCUUCUGUGGGACCAUGUGGGAGACUGACAGAUGUGCCAACUUGACAGGCAGUGGGAGGAUGCUGAUGGGUGGACCUUCAAGCCGAUGUGGGGGACUGGAAGCAUCUCCUGAGCAACCAUACCAGGGGCUGGUGACUCUCGAGGAGGUGUCUGUCUGUUUCACCCAGGAGGAGUGGGCUUUGCUGGAUCCGGGCCAAAGGGCUCUGCACUGGGAAGUCAUGGAGGAGAAUUACAGGAAUCUGGUCACUCUCGGGCAAGAAUGCCACAGAAGGGGAGAAGAGUGGAGAGGAGGAACUGAAUCAAAAUCAAACUGGAGCAAGGAAUCCAUUGCUUCUGAAGGCGUGGAUUUCCAGGAAAAUUCAGUCCAAGAAGAAAUUAAUAAAGAAAACAAAAGAAAUAACUUCACUCAAUGUGCAAAACUCUUAGCUGGGAAAUCAAACCAUACGUCACAUCAGAGAAUGCAAAAUAAAGAAAAGCCAUUAGAAGAAUCAGAGUGUAUGAUAAAUGCCAUGAGUAUAAAAACCCUUCUCUUAGAGGAAACACUGCAUACAGAGGAGAAACCACACACGUAUCCACAUUGUGGAAAGAGCUUCAGAAGGAAGGGCAGCCUUAUUCAACAUCAAAAGGUUCACCACAGAAGAGGAAAACCGUAUCAUUGCUCAGAGUGUGGGAAGUAUUUCAGGUGGGGCGCAGAGCUUACUUCCCAUCAAAGAAUCCACACAGGGGAGAAACCAUAUAAAUGCACAGACUGUGGAAAGAGCUUUGGUCGUAAGGAGACACUUACUUCCCAUCGAAGAAUCCACACAGGAGAGAAGCCAUAUACGUGCUCAGUGUGCGGAGAGAGUUUCAGGUGGAGUGGAAAAUUUGCUGCCCAUCAAAGACUCCACACAGGAGAUAAACCAUACAAAUGUUCAGAUUGUGGAAAGAGCUUCAGUGUGAGAUCAAGCUUUAAUUCCCAUCAAAGAAUCCAUAGAAGGGAAAAGCUGGAGUGGACAAUGAUUUCCCUGGGAACCGAAAAACAUAUUUUACAGGAAAUUCUGGACACACAUGAGAAACCACACGCAUGCUCACACUGUGGAAAGAGAUUCCGAAGGAAGGACAAUCUUAUGCAACAUCAAAGAAUCCAUACUGGAGAGAAACCAUACACAUGCUCAGUGUGUGGAGAAACUUUCAGGUGGCGUGGAAAACUCGCAUCGCAUCGAAGAAUCCACGUAGGGGAUAAACUAUACAUAUGUUCACACUGUGGGGAAAGCUACAGUGAGAAGUCGAGCUUUAUUUCCCAUCAGAGGAUCCACACAGGGUCAAAACCAGAGCGCAUGACAAGUUUCAGCAGCACCAAAACCCAUAUUUUACAGGAAAAUGUGGGCACGGAAGAGAAACCACACAACUGCUCACAGUGUGGAAGGAGCUUCAGGUGGCGUGCAGAACUUAUUUCCCAUCAAAGAAUGCACACAGGGGAGAAACCGUAUAAAUGCUCUAUGUGUGGAAAGAGCUUUAGGCGCAAGGAAACCCUUGCUUACCAUGACAGAAUCCACACAGGGGAGAAACCAUAUCAAUGCUCAGUGUGUGGAGAGAACUUCAGGUGGAGUGGGAAACUUGCAGCCCAUCGAAGAAUCCAUACAGGGGUUAAACCAUACAGAUGUUCAGAGUGUGGAAUGAGCUUCAGUAUGAGGUCAAGCUUUAUUUCCCAUCAAAGAAUCCACUCAGGGGAGAAACCAGAACGUACAACUUCUAGAGGGAGCAAAAAACAUAUUUCAAAGAAAAGUGCGAACACCCAAGAGAAACCACACACCUGCUCACAAUGUGGAAAGUGCUUCAGGUGGAGUGCAGAACUUAUUUCCCAUCAAAGAAUCCACACAGGGGAGAAACCAUAUAAAUGCUCUAUGUGUGGAAAGAGCUUUGGUCGCAAGGAGACCCUUGCUUCCCAUUACAGAAUCCACACAGGGGAGAAACCGUAUACGUGCUCAGUGUGUGGAGAGAGCUUCAGGUGGAGUGGAAAACUUGCAGCCCACCAAAGAAUCCACACAGGGGAUAAACCAUACAAAUGUUUAGAUUGUGGAAAGAACUUCAGUAUGAGGUCAAGCUUUAUUUCUCAUCAAAGAACUCACACAGCGGAGAAAUCAGAAUCUUCAACUAGUUCCAAGGGGAGUGAAAACGAUAUUUUACAGGAAACUGUGGACACACAAGAGAAACCACAUACCUGCUCACAGUGUGGGAAGAGCUUCAGGUGGAGUGCAGAACUUACUUCCCAUCAAAGAAUCCAUACUGGGGAGAAACCAUAUCAAUGCUCAGAGUGCGGAAAGAGCUUUGGAAGGAAGGACAAUCUGAGACGACAUCAAAGGAUCCACACAGGGGAGAAACCAUAUACAUGCACAGACUGUGGAAAGAGCUUCAGGCAGAGUGCAGACCUUAGUUCCCAUCAAAGAAUCCACACAGGGGAGAAACCAUAUCUAUGUUCAGAGUGUGGAAAGAGCUUCAGAAGGAAAACUAACCUUAUACAACAUCAAAGAAUGCACACUGGGGAGAAACCAUAUAUAUGCUUAGAGAAGGAAGGAACUUCACCAAGAGUGGAAAACUUGAUUCCCGUCAAAGAACCAACAGAAGGGAGAAACUCUGUAAAUACUCAGAAUAUGGGAAAAGCUUCAGGCCCAGUACAAAUCAUGUUUUCCUUCACAGAGUCCACACAGGAGAGAAACCAUAUCAGUGCUCAAAGCGUGGAAAACCUUUCCAGUGAAGCGGAACACUUACAGCCCAUUGAAGAAUUUACAGAGGAAACAAACCUUACUUCCCCUCUGUGUGUGGAAACCUUGCUUCCCAUCUGUGUGUGGAAACCUUAUUUCCCAUCUGAGAACUCAUGAGGAAUUUUCUUCCAUCAGGGUACACACUCUGCACUCCAUUCAAAUUCCUGCUUGCUUAUAUAAUCACAGAAAUAUCUUUUCUUAGACAUCAAAGCUUAAGAGACUUCAAUUCAGUCACACAACUGUAUGUCGGGGCUGGCCCAGGACUGUACAGUUUUAUUUGGCUGCCUUGGGCCUCUCUCAAAUAGUGACUGGUUCCACAAAUAAAAGAGGUCACAACUUGAAAUUAAUCUUUUGUACUGAAACUUUGAGGGAAGUAUUUCUUUCUGGAUUGGAGAUUCAGCCUGAAGCACGGUCUGACCAUUAUAUACUGAAAACAAAGAUGAAUAUGGCCUGCAAAAGGAGAGGCUGUUAACAAGGUUCACUCACGGAGGCUUAUGGGUCCUUUGGGAUUCCAAAAUGCUCUGGGGGAUUUCAGAAUUCGUAACAGAGUCUCUGUUGAGGCAGCGGUGGGAGUGUGGAAUAUGAGGCUCAUGAAAUAUAUUGACAAGAUGCUUCUCAUCAACCUCUCCCUCUCGGGGCAGAAGCUGAUCCCAGGGUUUACCAUGGAGCUCAGUGACCUAAAGAGAGCUGAAAGAUUUCUAGAAAGACACAGCCACUAAAAUUCACACUGAAUCCGAUAAAGCAUGCUAUAGAUCCCAUUAGAAGAAAACCUAUUAAGCAGUGGUCAUAGUAGCAGAGAAAGGUUAUGACUUUGUACCCGUUGCACUGGCUGCUUAACAACUAUCCCAGCUGUUUUAAGGUGUCUUAACCCCUUCUGACUCCUGAACCUGUGUUGUCUCAAAAAAAGACAAUUAGCUUUAACACCUUUGCAAUGUUUUUUGGUGACAAAAUAGCAGGAAUAUGCUGCAAUCUGGAUGCUGGCUGUAAUUUAGGUGAGGCGGAAGAAAUCUUUAAUAUACCAUCUGGUCUGCUGAUGGACCAUUUUGAUCCACUGCCAGUGACAGAUAUUGACAGGUCCUCCCUGUAUACAGAAUCUCUUGAGCACCUUGUUGCAGAAAAGUUGUCCCUUGUACUUAACUUACAACUGAAUUCCUUCUCCUUCUUUUUAUUUUCCAUCUAUGUUCCACCAGCCAAGACAAACAGCAGUGCAUAAAAUUGGAUUCUUCUGGGGGAAAUAUUUAGUGAUACAUAAAAUUAUGACCCAGCCAGUUUAAUCCUUAUGGCACAUAAUUUC